CCCACAGCGACACCUACUGUCCGAGUUCAGGUCAGUUUGUGAAGAUUGUCCAAUCCGGUUUCAACAGAUAGAGAUAGUCAACGAAUAGAAACCGUCAGCUGUGUGGUGGACUGUUGAUACAUCCAAUGGCCUGAGUGGUAGUAAUAGUAUGUCUGUGGCUCGGUGGUGGACACACACUGGAUGGGACAGAGCAGCGCUACAUGGGGGACGAGAGCGACAGCGGCUGGUACCUCCGCUCCUACAAACCCUAGAGACUCGCACUCUGGAUACAUCCCUGGGGCUUCACGGCGCUCCUCUAUUGGGGAUUGACUUGAUGAAUUAACAAAGCAGAGCAUGAACACGUCGCCUUUAAGUGUCUCCUUCUCUGAGCAUGGACUGACCAAAUACCUCUCUGGAUGAUUUGAUGGGGCUGCUCAGAGUCAUGAUGCCGCCCAAGUUGCAGCUUUUGGCGCUGCUGGCGUUCGCAGUGGCCAUGUUCUUCCUGGAGAACCAGAUCCAGAAGCUGGAGGAGUCCAAGGGGAAGCUCGAGCGAGCCAUCGCCAGGCACGAGGUGCGAGAGAUCGAGCAGCGACACACGCAGGACGGUCUGCGGGAACGGGACUCGCCGGGCGUGGCGCUGUCCGGAGGCGAAGACGACAUCGUCAUCAUCUACAAUCGCGUGCCCAAGACCGCCAGCACCUCCUUCACCAACAUCGCCUACGACCUGUGCGGGAAGAACCACUAUCAUGUCCUGCACAUCAACACCACGAAGAACAACCCGGUCAUGUCCAUACAGGACCAGGUGCGGUUUGUAAAGAACGUGACGGAGUGGAGGGAAAUGAAGCCGGCUUUCUACCACGGACACGUCUCCUUCUUGGACUUCACCAAGUUUGGAGUGAAGAGGAAACCCAUCUACAUAAACGUGAUCCGGGACCCCAUUGAAAGGCUGGUGUCCUAUUAUUACUUCCUGCGCUUCGGGGAUGACUACCGGCCCGGUUUGAGACGCAGGAAACAAGGAGACAAGAAGACGUUUGAUGAAUGUGUCUCAGCCGUUGGCUCAGACUGUGCUCCUGAGAAGCUCUGGCUCCAGAUCCCCUUUUUCUGUGGUCACUACUCUGAAUGCUGGAACGUGGGUAGCCAGUGGGCUCUGGAGCAGGCGAAAUACAACCUGGUGAAUGAAUACAUGCUGGUUGGAUUAACAGAAGAGCUUGAGGACUUUGUCAUGAUGCUGGAGGCCGCGCUGCCACGCUUCUUCAAAGGAGCCACUGAGCUGUACAAAACAGGGAAGAAAUCCCACCUGAGGAAGACCAGCGAGAAGAAGCCGCCCACGAAGGAGUCGAUCGCCAGGCUGCAGCAGUCGGCCAUCUGGAAGAUGGAGAACGAAUUCUACGAGUUUGCACUGGAGCAGUUCCAGUUCGUCCGGGCGCAUGCUGUCAGAGAAAAGGACGGAGAGCUCUACCUGCUGGCACAAAACUUCUUCUAUGAGAAAAUCUACCCCAAAAACUAAAAGAGGCGCAUGUCCGUAGAGGACACUUGGUGCAGGCUCAGUGCGGUCUGAGAUGGAAAGGGAGACGACAGGUGGCUGGUUUGUACUUGUGAUUGAGAACAUAACGUGGAGCUGCAGAACAACCUGCCUCUGGUGGCAGCUGCCUUAUACACACGUCUGUCCAGCCAACUGGACAAGGAGCUUGUGUUUCGUUGGCAGGUUGUGUUCCCAGCAGCCCCCGGGCCUCCAUUCCCCUUCACUUCCAUGUCAAAGGUCGUCGGGCCAGAGGAACCUCUGUCGGCACGUGUCCGGAGAUGACCUGUCCAACGACUGGUCAGACCUCAUCUCCUGAUUGGCUUCUCUGUUCUCCACUCCAGACGAAGCGUUUCCAUUGGCCCUGUACGGUUUGGUUGUGUUUGGUUGUAUUUGAACUCUUUCCUAUGGUGACAUGUUCCAUGGUGACGCAACAUCUCCAUGCCUCACCACCACCACCACCACUGACUUGAAGAGAUUGUAAGUGUACGAAACUGACUACUGUGCUGUAUUAUUGGACUUGAAUAAGAACUUUUGAGGUUUUUAUGAAAUAAAAAUCCUGUGACCAUGGAGUAUUUACUGGGACAAGUGCGUAUGUUUUAUACUGUACUUGAUGUGUUUUGUUGGAUGUAAUCGCGCAGCUCUGCCCAGCGGCUAUUCCUUCGUAAUGAAGGAAGACAUGAUGGUGUUAAAAUGUGUAAGAACACGAUAGUGAAGAUGCCGCUGCUGUAAAUAUUUACUACUUUUUCCAGUCUGAUUUCAUUCACAUGCAGAUUUGCUACAGUAUAAGAUUAACCCAUUCAUACAAUCGGUUUGUACAUUUCAUUUCACUUUUUAGUCUCCAUUUCAUUUUCUUGAAUGUGUUUUUUCACUGUAGAACCAGACAGUCUGUAAUAUGCCAACAUUUUUGGGAAAUGAUUUCAUCUGCUUUCUUGUCAAGAGUCUAAAGGGGAGAUCGUUCCCACUCUGUCAUUCCUUGAGAUAAAAGGCUCAAGUCAUCAGCAGGUUAGCUUAGCUUAGCUUAGCUUAGCAUAAAGACUAACACCCUUAACACCCCAUGGCUCCGCAAACUUGUUGUUUUAUCACAUCAUUUUUCGUUCGCAUUAAACCCCACAAGAUAUCAGUGAGCCUAAAGUCUGCUUAUUGGUAUCAAUCUACUGGCAAGAAAGCAGCUAUGCGUACUUCCCCAAAACCUUGACCUGUUUCAUUAAAUCUUUGCUGUUUUCUUAGCAGUUCUCCACAUAAAUGACGGUCGGUUGGGAAUAACUUUACUAAUUUGCUUGUGUAGUUGUCAUCUCGUUUCUUAAAGGUUGGGUUUUAAAGGCCUGGUAUUGGCUGAUCAAAGUUCUUGUCUACCCUUUUAUAAAUUGCUUACUAAAAGUUGGAAAUGUUUAAAAUGACAAUGUGGUUCCAUCAACUGAUUCACCUGAAAGAGCUCCACAGAUAUGUUCUACUGGAUGUACAGCCACAUCACAACUGGAAGUAUUUAGAUUUACAUAUGAAAUGGUACUCAUGGUUAUCUGAGGACAAACUGUGGUUUGCCCCUCAGUCUUUGUGUGCCUUCUCCACGGCCGGCUCUCCUUGUGUUGUCAGAUGGAACAUAAAAACAACAUGGCUGUUUUCAUCUUUUGAUUGCCAAAUGAAAUACACUGAACUUUUUUGUUUUAAACUA